UGCUGAGCGAGAGGGACGGAGCGAAGGAGCGAGCGGAGCGGCCGUCGCCCGAGCGGAGCCGCGCAGCCAGCCCGCCCGCCGUCCGCCAGCCCGCGCUCCAGUCCGCCGUGUCUAGCAGCGGGGCCCAGCAUGGUCAUGGCGGAUGGCCCGAGGCACUUGCAGCGCGGGCCGGUCCGGGUGGGGUUCUACGAGAUCGAGGGCACGCUGGGCAAGGGCAACUUCGCCGUGGUGAAGCUGGGGCGACACCGGAUCACCAGGACGGAGGUGGCGAUAAAAAUAAUAGAUAAAUCUCAGCUGGAUGCAGUGAACCUUGAGAAAAUCUACCGAGAAGUACAAAUAAUGAAAAUGUUAGACCACCCUCACAUAAUCAAACUUUAUCAGGUAAUGGAGACCAAAAGCAUGUUGUACCUCGUGACAGAAUAUGCCAAAAAUGGAGAAAUUUUUGACUACCUUGCUAAUCAUGGCCGGUUAAAUGAGUCUGAGGCCAGGCGCAAAUUCUGGCAAAUCCUGUCUGCUGUUGAUUACUGUCACGGCCGGAAGAUUGUGCACCGUGACCUCAAGGCUGAAAAUCUCCUGCUGGAUAACAACAUGAAUAUCAAAAUAGCAGAUUUCGGUUUUGGAAAUUUCUUUAAAAGUGGUGAACUGCUGGCAACGUGGUGUGGCAGCCCCCCUUAUGCAGCCCCAGAAGUCUUCGAAGGGCAGCAGUAUGAAGGACCACAGCUGGAUAUUUGGAGCAUGGGAGUUGUUCUUUAUGUCCUCGUCUGUGGAGCGCUACCUUUUGAUGGACCCACUCUUCCAAUUUUGAGGCAGAGAGUUUUAGAAGGAAGAUUCCGGAUCCCAUAUUUCAUGUCAGAAGAUUGUGAGCACCUUAUUCGAAGGAUGUUGGUCCUAGACCCGUCCAAACGGCUAACCAUAGCUCAAAUCAAGGAGCAUAAGUGGAUGCUCGUAGAAGUUCCUGUGCAGAGACCCGUUCUCUACCCACAAGGGCAGGAGAAUGAGCCGUCCAUCGGGGAGUUUAACGAACAGGUUCUGCGACUGAUGCACGGCCUUGGCAUAGACCAACAGAAAACCAUCGAGGCUUUGCAGAACAAGAGCUAUAACCACUUUGCUGCCAUUUAUUACUUGCUGGUGGAGCGCCUGAAAUCACACAGGAGCAGUUUUCCUGUGGAGCAGAGACUCGAUGCCCGCCAGCGUCGGCCUAGCACCAUCGCCGAACAAACAGUUGCCAAGGCACAAACUGUGGGGCUCCCAGUGACUGUGCAUUCCCCGAACGUGCGAGUGAUGCGAUCUGCCCUCCUCCCGCAGGCAUCCAAUGUGGACGCCUUCCCGUUUCCAGCACCCGGCUGUCAGGCAGAAGCAGCGUUCAUGGAGGAAGAGUGUGUCGACACUCCAAAGGUAAAUGGCUGUCUCCUGGACCCUGUGCCUCCCGUCCUGGCGAGGAAGGGGUGCCAGUCACUGCCCAGCAACAUGAUGGAGACCUCCAUUGAUGAAGGGCUGGAGACCGAAGGAGAGGCCGAGGAAGACCCCAGUCAGGCCUUCGACGCCUUCCAGUCCACACGCAGCGGGCAGCGACGGCACACUCUGUCAGAAGUGAGCAAUCAGCUGGUCGUGAUGCCUGGUUCAGGGAAAAUUUUCUCCAUGAGUGACAACCCCUCCCUCGACAGCGUGGACUCUGAGUGUGAUAUGGGGUCUGUUCAGAGGGACCUACACUUUCUCGAGGACAACCCUUCCCUUAAGGACAUCAUGUUAGCCAAUCAGCCCUCGCCCCGCAUGGCGUCCCCCUUCGUGAGCCUGAGGCCUGCCAACCCCGCCAUGCAGGUUCUGAGCUCCCAGAAACGAGAGGCCCACAACAGGUCUCCAGUGAGCUUCCGAGAGGGCCGCCGGGCGUCAGACACCUCCCUCACCCAAGGGAUUGUAGCAUUUAGACAACAUCUUCAGAAUCUGGCUAGAACCAAAGGAAUCCUAGAGCUGAACAAAGUGCAGUUGUUAUAUGAGCAAAUAGGGUCAGAGGCAGACCCUACCCUGGCAUCACCUGCUCCUCAGCUCCAAGACCUGGGCAGCAGUUGCCCUCAGGAGGAAGCUCCUGCUCCGCAGAAGAGCGCGUCUCCCCUCCCCGGCAGCGGCGGGGCGCACCCGCAGCUCUCCCAGCGGCACAGCCUGGAAGCCCAGUACCUGCAGCACAGACUCCAGAAGCCCAGCCUUCUGUCAAAAGCCCAGAACACCUGUCAGCUUUAUUGUAAAGAACCACCACGGAGCCUUGAACAGCAGCUGCAAGAACACAGACUCCAACAGAAGCGGCUCUUCCUCCAGAAGCAGUCUCAGCUGCAGGCAUAUUUUAAUCAGAUGCAGAUAGCAGAGAGCGCGUACCCACAGCCCCUUCCCCACCAGGAGGCACCGCCGCCACCCCAGCAGCCGCCACCCUUCAGCCUGACCCAGCCCCUGAGCCCUGUCCUGGAGCCUGCUUCUGAGCACAUGCAGUUCAGCCCUUUCCUCCGCCAGUACCCAGAGAUGCGGCUGCCGCCGCUGCCCGCCUCACCAGGUCCCCGGGCUGCCCCUCCGCCGCCGCCGCCGCCUCCACCACCGCAGCAGGCGGGGGCCGCACCAGCACCCCUACAGUUCUCCUACCAGACUUGCGAGCUGCCGGGCACGGCCUCCCCCGAGCCAGACCACCCCGCUCCCUGUCCCUACCCCGGGGACGGAGCCCAGCAGGGCGGCAUGGCGGCCCCAGACUGUCCCAGGAGCUCAGGACUGCAGGAGACCCCCUCCAGCUACGACCCUCUAGCGCUCUCGGAGUUCCCUGGGCUCUUUGAUUGUGAGAUGCUGGAAGCCGUGGACCCACAGCACAGUGGCUACGUCCUGGUCAACUAA